GAGCGGGUGUAGACAGUUGUAAACAUCUGUAUAAAAAAUAUCGUAACAAUACCAUUGAAUUAAACUAUCAUAACUAUACCAUUGUUCUACGAUUAGAAUUUGAAGACAACUGAAAUGUUUAGUUAGCAAUCUUAAAAUUGAUCUGUACUGAAUUGACAGAUAAAUGAAACUUGUUUAUAUUUAUAUUAGAAACUUCAAGAGAGUGUGAAGUCAUCGUGGUGUUGAAAUAUGAGAGCUGUAUCUUUUGUAUCGCGAUUGGAGUUUGAAUUUAAAGCAAAUGUUUCUAAAAAUGCCGUUUGUUUAGGAGAUGCUGAUAAUGAUAAUGAUUAUGAAUUGGUUAUUGGUAAUCAUAUGGGAGAUAUGGCAAUUUUCAAAGGAGAUGUUUCUCAUCCAUGGCUUGAAGCUCAUGAUUUAGGAAUGAUAAUGGUGAUUGUUGUUGGAGAUAUUUUAAAUGAAGGAAAGAACAGUAUAAUUUCUAUAAGUGGAGAAGGAUCAUGUAGCAUAUUUGAAAUAACAAAUGAGAGUUUAUUGGAAAAUGAAAGAAAAAAUUUGCAGCCUUUUCAUGUGCAAAAAUUACCUGCCAAUACAAAAGUAGCACUUUUAGCUGAUGUUGAUAAUGAUGGUGAACUCGAAUUAGUUUUAGGACUAACAGAUCAUGUUCUAAGAACUUAUCGUUGGGUGCGAUUAAAUAAUCAGAAUCCAAAUGAUUUUUCUGGAAAAUUAGUUGGCUUGCAUAAAUUAGAACUUGGAGAUCAAAUAGGCUCAAUUUCUUUAAACCCUUCUGUUGAUGGAACACCUAAUAUUCUUGUGGCCCAAGCUGGUGGUACUUAUAUCAGUUUCCAAUGUUGUGAUGUACAAGAUGAAGAUGGCGAUGGUUCAGUGGGCUUGAAAAUGACUACUCCUGUUCACCAUCCACUUGCUUCUAGUCGUAUGAGAAGUCGUAUUGUAACAUCAGAAAUAUUAGGAGGUCUCCAUGGAACACAUAAUGGAGAGCCAUGUGAUUCUUUAACUGUUGUUGCUACUCUAGAUGGUACCUUAAUGCUUGUACAUGGAGAUGAAACUCUUUGGUCUUUUCAAGUGGAUCACCAACUGUUUUCAAUUGCAAAAUUAGAUCUUAAUGAUGAUGGUGAAGAAGAGGUGAUAGCAUGUGCUUGGGAUGGACAAACUUAUAUGGUAAAUCAACGAAAGCAAUCUGUCAGAUUUCAGUUUGAAGAUAGUGUCAGUGCUUUCACUGCUGGUAAAUAUGCAGUGUUGCCAGGUAAUAAUAUGCCUGUUCUUGUCUAUGUGACCUAUAAUGACCGGAUCUAUGUGUAUUACGACAUCAUGCUGCCCUCUUUCCCAAUCCGCAGCUUCCUCGAAAAGACAGAGCAAGAUGAGGAAAUACCUGCACUAUUGGCGCACUUCCCAAUAGACCGUAGUAAUAAACGCCAUCUAGCAGAAUUGUACAGCUUUUGCUUAUAUGGCAUACCCAGUGAAUUAUUGAAGAAUGAAGAUAGGGAUCCAGAAACUCAGGCAACCAGUACAAAAUGAAAGAUCUAAAAUGUAUAUUUGUAAAAAUAUU